AAACAUUUCAUAACAUAAACAUUGAAUCAAAUCAUUUGAAUUUAAAUGGAUUUAAAUGUAAUUAUUGGCAAAAACAAGACGUUUGAUACCAAACAAGUGAUCGCCGAUAAAGUCAAGAAUGCCAUGACUUUGGGUUUCCGAACUAUCGGUCUUACUGUUGAUGUCGAUCACCAACACAUCCCACAUAUCCCAAUUCCGCCGAUCAUUAGACUGGAGGACAUAGCACUUGAUCGCAAAGACGUUGUUAUAAAAACUCGUCUUAAUGUUAGAGUUGAAGAACACAUCCAAACCCAUCGAUUGAAUCAAUCAGAAAACGCCAAGAAGUAUGACUUGUUAUCAAUUGAACCAUUAAAUGAUAAAAUGUUGAGUCAUCUGAAUAAAGGCAACUUUGAUACCGAUUUGAUUACAUUUAACUUUAGUUCCACUCUUUGUCCGGACAUAAAACGGUCCAACUUUUCAAUUCCGAUAUCAAAAGGAGUUGGAAUUGAAAUCAAUUACGGAAACAGUUUAUUAGAUCCCACUUCAAGACGAUCACUAUUUUCAUUGUCACAACUUUUGGUCGAAAAAACCAAAUCAAAAAAUAUAGUCAUCUCUUCGGGAUCGACCACAAGCUUUGCAUUGAGAGCUCCUAAAGAUGUGACUUAUCUUGGAUUAAUGUUUGGCUUAAAUGGUGAUCAAAGCAAAGCUGCUGUCUUUAGAAACCCAAUAUUAGUGUUGAAACACUCAGAAAUUCGUAAAAAUGUAAAUAUGGGAACAAUUAGUUUAACUUCUUGUGAUUUACAUAAUGAAAACAAAUGGCUAAACAAAGAGUUUGCUUCAGUUAAGAGAGUUUCUGAUGACGAGUCAAGUAAAACAAAAAAAGUUAAAAUAUAAACGAAUUUCUAUAUAUUUAUAAUAAUCAUUAUUUAUAACAAAAUAAUUAAUAAAUAACAGUCAAAACAUGCUA